GUUUCCAGUGAUUCACAUCAUGGCAUUUAAAUUCAUCAACUUUUUGGCUCUUGUAGCUUCCACCCAAGCUGGAAUUCUAAACCCUCACCAUUCUUACUCCGAUGCUCCUUCAGUUUCUUAUUCCAGUAUCUCGACUCCUGAAGUAUCAUAUGGUGGACCAAGUUAUGCUAAAGUAGCUGCUCCAGUUCACUAUGCAGCAGCUCCAGCAAUUCCAGCAGCCGCUCCAGUAUCUUACUCUGCCCCAGUAGCCUACGCCGCUCCAGCUAUUAAAGUAGCUGCCCCAGUGUACAAAGUCGCUAAACAAGUCGUAGCUGAAGAUUACUCAACUCCAGCUCACUAUGAUUUUAGUUAUGGUGUAGAAGAUCCCCACACUGGUGAUGUCAAAAGCCAACAUGAAACUCGCGAAGGCGACGUUGUUAAAGGAAGUUACUCUUUAAUCGAAGCUGAUGGUACCAAGAGAGUAGUAGAAUACACCGUCGAUGCUCACAGUGGUUUCAAUGCUGUUGUACACCGUGAACCAGCGGCUCAUCCAGUUAAAGCCGUUGCUCCAGUUGCUGCCAAAAUCGUUGCUCCAAUAGCCUAUGCCCAACCUGUUGUGAAAGAAGUUACACCAGUACCUUAUGCUCAACCUGUUGUAAAAGCCGUUGCUCCAGUAGCAUAUGCCCAAUCUGUUGUAAAAGCCGUUGCACCAGUAGCUUAUGCCCAACCUGUCUUGAAAGCUAUUGACCCUGAAGCUUACCCUUAUUCCAGUGUUAAAGCUUCAUAUGCAUCUCCUCUAGUAGCUAAAGUACCAGCAUUUAACCAAGUAACUUACUCCAGUGCCCCUGAAGUCUCCUACUCCAGUUUUUCUGCUCCAGAAGUACAUGCUGCUCCUUCCUACUACCACCACUAACACAAUGCAAAUCUGUUUCUAGUUAGGAAUUAUUUAUUUAUUUUAUUGUUAUUAGAUAAAUAAAAGCAACCAUUAUA